GGACUUCCCAUAGAUCUUUGGGAAAGCGCCUGGCUAGGGCAUUUCACGGAAGCUUUGAGUCUGCAGCGAGGUUCAAUACCCGCCUGGUUCGGAGUUGUCUCGAUUACAUAAACCGCAGCACAGAGACAGACGCUGCUUUGCGCGGUCACCUCUCUCUCUUCAAGGAAGCGUUCGGUACAGUUCACAGGGCUCCUCCUGUUGUAGUCUCAGACAGAAAGUCCCGUGAACAUUUUGCACUCGGUAUUAGAGGUGGGAGAAUGGAAGACUUGGCAGAAGUCGCAGAAAUUCACUGAAAUCCAUUAUAGCCGAAAGACUUUCUGCACCAAGAACGAAAAGGUGAAAGAUCAGAGGAAUGAACAAAUGGACAGAGAGAGCAACAGAUGAAAUGAAGAUUGCGUGAAGAAAUAAAAGUGAGAAACUGGUGAUUGCAAUGUCCUGGAUAUUUUUGUUAACAUUUGCCAUAUCUGAAAUGGUGAAUGGAUGCAGCACUAAAGCAAAUCAAAUUGUCAGAUGUCCUCCUGGUGUAAUGACAACAGUCUAUGCCCUCGAAGGCGAACAUGCCCGUUUACGUUGUAGAUUGUGUAUCUCAUCUACUUGUCAUGCCAUGAAUGACCUUCAGGCACAUGGAUCUGCAAUUACUUGGUUUAAGGAGCUACAUGAAAAUGGUAGUAUUGAACUUAUAGGCGGAGCAGGCAGGUUUACUGUUGAAGGAUUCUUGCUCGGUUUUUGGCCUGCAACCUUGAAUGACACUGGAAGAUACUUCUGUUUGUUCUCCAAUGGAACUCACAAUAUCAUGGGUGAAAACGUGACUUUGAAUGUUACACCAAUUAAUGAAAGUUGUUACACGGAAGAACUAACAUAUGAACGAGAUGCUGACAUUGGAACAUCUAUUGAAUUGCAUUGUCCACAAAUAGAGGAGUACAAGAAUAAUAAAGAAGAUCUGACAUGGUACAAGGAUUGUCAGGAGUACAUUUACACAGGAUCAUCACUACUGUUUAAUAAACUUAAAAAAGAAAAUGCGGGACAUUACACUUGUACACUUACCCUUGAACAUUCAGGAGUACAAUACAAUACUACAAGGACACUGGCAUUGACAUUGAAAGAACCUCCUGCCAAACCAAAUUUAAUUUACCCACUUGAAGAACGUAUUGAAGUGGUUUUAGGUGAAAAUAGAACAAUUAAUUGCACAGCUUUUGCUAACAGCACAAGGAGCCUACCGAUUCAGCUAAAUUGGUAUUUUAACAACUCCCACGUGGCUACAUGUAUUCGAGCAAAGUCUGUGUGCAAGGAUUUUAGGAGAACUGACAUUAAAAACAACGGAAGAUAUACUAUACGUCCAUUGGUGUUUACUCAAAUUAAAGAGGAGCAUCUGAAUCAAAUCUUUAAUUGUGUUUUAACAACUUCCAACCACGCUGUUUCUGGAUACAUUAUUCUGCAAGAGAAAGGCAAGAGCAAUGUUCAUGGAGUUGUUACAUUAUUAACUUCCACAAUUGUUGUCCUUGUCUUUGUGGCAAUUGUGUGUCUAUAUUUCCAUGUACAAAUUGUCCUUUGCUUCAGAGAUGUCACUGGUAGAGAUGAUACUCUUGAAGACGGUAAGGAAUAUGACGCGUACGUGUUACUCCUUGAGAGUAAAAAGACUCUCCUUGAUAUUAAGGAAGAACAACAAUUUGCAUUGGAACUAUUACCUGCAAUUCUAGAAAAACAAUUUGGAUACCGUCUGUGUAUAUUUGAACGUGAUGUUCCUCCAGGAGGAAGCUCUGCAGAUAAUAUACUUGCUUAUAUAAAGAAAUGCCGAAGAUUGAUUAUAAUUCUCUGUGAAGAAUAUUUGGACAAUCAAUGCAGCUCUACCUAUGAACUAAUGACUGGACUGUAUCAGGUAUUGGUUGAAAGAAAAAUAAAACCAAUACUUAUUGAAUUUAAACCUCUAAGCAGCCCUAAGUUACUACCAGAGUCCCUUCAACUUGUUCUGAAGUCAAGAAGAGUUGUGAAAUGGAAGGGUAAUGAGACGAUUUUGAAAAAUUCUUAUUUCUGGAAGAAGCUGCGAUACCUGAUGCCAGCUAAACGUGUUCAACGAGCAAAACAUUCACAACAUAAUGCGGUUUUAUAAAGCAAUGAUUGAUUGAAAUAAGUUAAAGGUUUGCUAUAAUUUUGUUUUCCCUAAUAUCGAUUCAAACUGUAUUUGUGCCACACUUGGCAAAAGUAAGUUUCCAUGUCAGCGAUAGUGUGGGUUUUGAAUUCUAGCCACUUCUGCUUCAGUGACAUUUAGAUGAAAACCACUGCAAUAGAAGGAACAUUGCAGCAAUUGUUUGUGCAUUUAUUUAUGUUGCUCAAAUUAAUCCACUGUUGUAAGUUUAGCAGGAAACAGUAAAAGUUUUGCCCACGUUUGAGACAUAUGUGAAGAGACGAUACCUGCAAGAAAAGUGAUAUAAUGUUUUUGAAGCUACUAAUCAUUAGUUGGCAAUUGUUGAGUUUGGCAGAUCCAGGCGUUGCUACUGUAUAUUGAUAGAUAAAGACAGAAUUUGAUACACAGGCACAAGUGAAUUUAUGUGUUGUGCUCAGUUUCAUUAUGAAGGCUAAAAUUUGCUAUAAGUGUUUUUUUGCUUUUUAUUUUAUAAAGUAUUACAGAGAAUAAUUCAUUUGCAAAGUGUCACUUCAAAGGGUUACUUUAUAGACUAUACAAAUUCCCUGAGGGCACACAGCACCACUGGCUCUCACAUACAUGGGCUUUGGCAUCCCCCAUUGGGAUCACUGAAGCUGCAUUCCUCAAAGACAUUUUUGCUGCUACUUGAGCUACAUUAAAAAGGACAUGCCCUUACAGUUUGGAAAUGAGAGCAAAGGUCAGAUUCUUACCAAAGAGGUAUGAAGUUUUUGAGUCAGGAAAUUUUCAAGUACACCUGUCCCUUCAGAGAUUACCCUGCAGGCGUGGUUUUCACUUUGUGGAGCUGGGUCAAGAUUAAGUCAAGCCCACCCAUUUCAGAAGCAGUCUGAAUUCAGUUUACAGAGGUGCUGUGUGCUGAGACAGGAUGGUCAGAAUGCCCUCCUCAGUUCUGUUGGAUUUCACCUCAGUUGUAUUAUAGGUGGUUGUUGGGCUCAUUAGUCCAAGCCACUCACAUCCCAUCCCCAACAUCCAAGACUCCCUAUGAAGCCUCCAUGCACCCCAAUGUCACUUCCAUGCUCCCUAUAUCUCUUCUGUGACCCCUGAAAUAACACAUGCUCGCUCACUCCAUGCACACUAUUGAAAGAAUGAAUCAUAGAAUAACAAUGGCAAGCCUUGAAAUGGACUCAAGUUGUUUAAAAUCUGCCCAGAAAAUAUGGCUGCACUUAAAACCUAAUAAAUAUGUUCAUCAAACAGAAUCAUUCUCAGUUUUACCUUACUCUUUUCCUCUUAGUCUUGUCGAG